GUAAAUUCCUACAAACUUAUCUCUUAACCCUAAUUAAAUUUUAUCUGGAGAAGUUAAAAAGGGAAGGUGUACAGGAAAUUUCCAGGAAAAUAUUAGGCAAAUUCACUAAGAUUCAAUGUGUGUAUAUAUAUAUAUAUCUGUAAUUAUCCUUCCUUCCCAUUAGAACAAAAGUAUUUCCUUCAUUUUUGACUUAAUCAAGACUUCUUUUACGUCCUUUCCAUCACUCAUAGUUUUAACCGUUCUUUGCUACCAUUUUAACAUGUCGUUAAGACACCGCAACACAGGUUACCUAGAACCAGCCAUGUCUGAUGGAGAAGAUACUCCAAUAGUGAAAUGCCAGCACCGAAGGUGGCGUUCGGUUUUUGCAGCCAUAUAUUCUGCCAGGAUUUUUGUUUCUUUGUACAAGAAAAUUAUCAACAAGAAACAGAUAUUGCGUAGUCUUUCCUACAUUGCCCUUGAUGUCCAUGACAGUGACUCGAGUGAUGAUCGCUUACCUUCUCUCGGUGUUGAUCAGAAAACACUCACUGAGGUGGUAAGGGAGAAGAGCCUUGAAACCCUAAGUAAACUUGGAGGCGUGAAACAGAUUGCUGCAAGUCUUGAAACUGAUAAGAAAGAUGGUAUCAGUGCUAAUGAAGCUGAUCUUGCACAUCGGGUCAAUGUAUUCGGUGCCAACAGGUAUCAGAAACCACCUAAAAAAAGCUUUUUUAGCUUUGUUUAUGAAGCUUUCAAAGAUACCACCAUUAUCAUACUCUUGGUUUGUGCUGUUCUCUCUCUGGGCUUUGGCAUCAAACAGCAUGGCAUAACGGAUGGAGGGUACGAUGGUGGGAGUAUUGUCAUUGCUGUCUUUCUAGUUGUUGCUGUAUCUGCUGUCAGUAACUUUAAGCAAAACAGACAAUUCGAGAAACUUUCAAAGGAGAGUAGUGAUAUAAAAGUGGAAGUAGUGAGAGAUGGGCGCCGCCAAUUUAUAUCAGUCUUUGAAGUUGUCGUGGGUGAUGUCGUGUGCUUGAAAAUUGGUGAUCAAAUUCCAGCGGAUGGAUUGUUCUUGGAUGGACACUCUUUGAAGGUGGAUGAAUCUAGCAUGACCGGUGAAAGCGACCAUGUUGAGAUCAAUGGCAGCAACAAUCCUUUUGUUCUUUCUGGUACAAAGGUCACAAAUGGGUUCGGUUCAAUGCUUGUUACUUCUGUUGGCAUGAAUACGGCAUGGGGGGAGAUGAUGAGUUCCAUAAACCGUGAGUUAGAUGAAGAAACUCCAUUACAGGCUCGCCUCAACAAGCUGACUUCUGCAAUUGGGAAGAUUGGAUUGGCAGUGGCUGUACUAGUUCUUGCAGUGCUGCUUAUUCGUUACUUCACUGGAAACACAAAAGAUGACCAGGGAAACAAAGAAUAUAUUCGAGGCAAGACAAAGUUUGACAGCAUGAUGAACUCAGUCGUGGAGAUAAUUUCAGCAGCAAUUACCAUCGUGGUCGUUGCAAUUCCAGAAGGUCUUCCUUUGGCAGUGACCCUAACUUUGGCCUAUUCUAUGAAGCAAAUGAUGGCUGAUCAUGCAAUGGUCAGAAAACUUUCAGCUUGCGAGACGAUGGGUUCAGCCACAACAAUCUGCACAGAUAAGACAGGUACCCUUACUUUAAAUGAAAUGAAGGUUAUGGAGUUUUGGCUAGGGAAAGAAUUAAUGGGCAGUAUUUCCUCAGAAAUAGCACCUAAUGUCCAUAAGUUACUGCAACAAGCGGUUGCUCUCAACACAACCGGUACUGUUUAUAAGCCAAACUCUAGAUCACUUCCUGAAAUUUCUGGUAGUCCAACUGAGAAAGCAAUUCUCUCUUGGGCUGUCUCAGAUUUGGGGAUGAACCUAGAUGACCCAAAGCAAAACUACGAACUCAUCCAAGUAGAGGCCUUCAAUUCAGAGAAGAAGAGGAGUGGAGUUCUGAUAAGGAGGAAGAGUGAGAGUGGCGGUGCUACACAGGUGCACUGGAAGGGUGCUGCUGAGAUGAUCUUGGCCAUGUGCUCACAAUAUUAUGAUAGAAGUGGUGUAGUUAAAGCCAUUGACGAGGAAGAAAGAGUAGAGAUGGGGAAAGUUAUUGAGGAUAUGGCAGCCAAAAGCUUGAGGUGCAUAGCAUUUGCACACACACAAAAUCCAAAAGACAAUGAACGAGUUUUGCAAGAAAGUGGACUCAUCUUGCUAGGGCUGGUAGGUUUGAAAGACCCAUGUCGUCCUGGUGUCAGAAAAGCAGUAGAAGCUUGCAUAAAUGCUGGAGUAAACAUCAAGAUUAUAACUGGAGACAAUAUCUUCACAGCAAAGGCUAUAGCAACUGAAUGUGGCAUUUUGCAACCCAAUGAGGAUUUGAGGGAAGCUGUAAUAGAAGGUGUACAGUUCCGAAAUUACUCACCAGAAGAAAGAAUGGCUAAGAUCAACAAAAUUUGUGUAAUGGCCAGAUCCUCACCUUUUGACAAACUUCUGAUGGUACAGUGUCUAAAGCAGAAUGGUCAUGUUGUAGCAGUCACUGGGGACGGCACCAAUGAUGCACCAGCUUUAAAGGAAGCAGAUAUUGGACUUUCGAUGGGAAUCCAAGGAACAGAAGUUGCCAAGGAAAGCUCAGACAUAAUCAUUUUGGAUGAUAACUUUACUUCUGUGGUGACUGUUUUAAGGUGGGGUAGGUGUGUCUUCAAUAACAUUCAGAAAUUCAUUCAGUUUCAGCUUACAGUGAAUAUAGCAGCACUAGUCAUCAACUUCAUUGCUGCAGUAUCUUCUGGUGAAAUCCCAUUGACAGCAGUCCAACUAUUGUGGGUGAACUUAAUAAUGGAUACGUUUGGGGCUUUAGCUUUGGCCACUGAGCGACCUACCAAUGAUCUCAUGACAAAGCCACCUGUGGGUCGAUCCAAGCCCCUCAUAUCCAACAUCAUGUGGAGGAACCUCAUUGCUCAAGCCUUGUAUCAGGUUGCAGUUCUGCUAACCCUUCAGUUCAGGGGAAAAUUUAUCUUUGAUGUGGAUAAAAAGGUCAAUAACACACUUAUUUUCAACACUUUUGUCCUCUGCCAAGUGUUUAAUGAGUUCAAUGCCAGAAAACUUGAAAAGAAGAAUAUAUUCCAGGGACUACACAAGAACAAACUCUUUCUAGGGAUCAUUGCCAUAACCAUAAUUCUUCAAGUGGUAAUGGUGGAAUUCUUGAAGAGGUUUGCUAACACUCAGAGGCUGAACUGGGGGCAAUGGGGUACUUGUAUUGGAAUUGCAGCUUUGUCCUGGCCACUUGGCUGGCUAGUUAAGUGGAUUCCAGCAUGAAAAAAAUCCUCUUCUCGGUCACAAGGCUUUUGCAUCCAAAAGAAAUACCAGUUAGCUCCAAUGAGAUGCUCCUUUUCAUUUAUAUAGAACCUUAGGAAUAUCAGUAUAUAACCUUGGUACUAUUUCUUUUAUUAUUCUAAUGCAGUAUUUUAAUUUCCUUCUGUUCACUAUUUAUCUCGGUUCUAGUUCAUUUUAAGUGUUGAAUUUGUAAGCUUCUAUGUGAACAAUGAAGAUAUGUUGUUUAUGCAUGCAUUAAUUUCACUAUAACAUGUUUAGCACCA